GUGGUGGUUCUCGCCGAACGGAGGACAUCGACGCACCGGCACCGUCGGCCGUCGGCAGCUCUUGUGAACGAAAGUGCUCAAAGGCCCGAAGAUUCUGCCUUCGCAGCAACUGGGCGCUGCGGUCGCUCCAUGGCCGGGCGCAACCGGCCUCAUAGCUUCGGUCACUGCUGACGACAUGGCACACAAAGGGCACAGCGGGGUGAACCAGCUGGGUGGUGUCUUCGUCGGCGGUCGACCCCUUCCGGACUCGACGCGGCAAAAGAUCGUCGAGCUCGCGCAUUCGGGCGCGCGACCAUGCGAUAUCUCCAGGAUAUUGCAGGUCAGCAACGGCUGUGUCUCCAAAAUCCUCGGCAGGUACUAUGAGACCGGAUCUAUAAGGCCCAGGGCCAUCGGCGGCAGCAAACCGCGCGUAGCGACGGCGGAGGUUGUCAACAAGAUCUCGCUCUACAAAGGCGAGUGCCCGUCCAUCUUCGCGUGGGAGAUCCGAGAUCGCUUGUUGCAGGAGGGCGUGUGCACGAACGACAACAUUCCGAGCGUGUCCUCGAUCAACAGGGUACUGAGGAAUCUGGCCGCGCAGAAAGAGCAGAGGCAGCAGCAUCAACAGCAGCAACAAGGGGUGGGCGCCGUGGGGGUUGGCGUCGGUGCCGGCAGUCCGGCGGAGAGCGUUUACGAUAAACUCAGGCUACUAAACGGACAGACCACCGGCUGGCCGCGACCCAAUCCCUGGUAUCCGUCGAGCGCGGGAAGUCCGUUUUCGUCGAUACAAUCUAGUUUGAGUCCGAGCCAUUGUUCGUCCCUGCCACCGGAUCCGGCGGAUAUAUUGCACGCGAAGAAAGUAACCGAGCUCGAGGGUGGCGCGCACUCGGACGAGACGAACAGCGGGGGUGACAACAGCAACGCCGGCAGCGUGUCGGGCGGCGCCGACGACGACCAGGCGCGUCUCCGCUUGAAGAGGAAGCUGCAAAGGAACCGCACGAGUUUCAGCAACGAGCAGAUCGACGCGCUCGAGAAGGAGUUCGAGAGGACGCACUACCCGGACGUGUUCGCCAGGGAAAGACUCGCCGGCAAGAUCGGUUUACCGGAGGCGCGAAUACAGGUCUGGUUUUCGAAUCGGCGGGCCAAGUGGCGGCGCGAGGAGAAAUUGCGCACGCAACGGAGGGAUAAUCCGCCGCCGCCGCCGCAGCAACAGCAGCAGCAACAGCAGCAGCACUCCGCCGGCGUGAGCCUGGUGGGUGCUGGCCACCCGACGCCGCCGCCACCCUCGGGGAUACUCGGGGGCCAGCCGCCCCCGCAGGCGCCACCCUCGCCCCCCAGAAUACACCACGGGUUCGCGCCCACCGCUGUGUAUCCCGGAAUACCCAGUAUGCCCGACUCGUACAGCCCGAUGACGUCGAUGCCGAGCUUCACGAUGUCGGGCGCCAGCCAGCAGAACCAGCACACGACGAGUAGCAUGUCCUCGCUGUCCACCGGGGGUGGCAUGAGCCCGAUGGGCAUGACCGUGGGCAUGACCGUCGGACCGAGCCCGGGCGCGUGCCUCCAGCAACGGGACAACGGCUACUCGUGCGGGGUCGCGAGACCUCCGAGCUACGAGCCUCUUCACCUGGGGUACGGUGCCAGGCCGACCUGCAGCCCCACGCAGCCCUACCACGCGGCGAGCCUCAAUCAGUACAAUCAGAACGCCAGCUCGACCGGUCUAAUAUCACCUGGCGUGAGUGUGCCGAUCGCGGUACCAGGUCAACCGGCACCCGACAUGGCGGCGCAAUAUUGGUCCCCGAGGCUGCAGUGACCGUGGUGGUCGUCGAUAUCGACCUCGUCUCCGUAGACUUGAGCUUCUUCGUCUCCCUAGCUUAAGGUCCGUGUCGUCUACGGGAAAACGACACGCGGUCGUGGAACGCAAAGUCUCCGGAAAUCCGCGGCGUUUAUGGUCGAUCGUGCGUGCGACUGUUCCGUAGUAUAAAUCGAGGUGGGCUAUCGUACCCGUACCGUUUCGUUGAAGCCAAAGUUCCGGUGUGGAGAACGAGCUUGAUCUGUCCGUAUUCGCAUCCGCUACUCUCGUUUUCUUGGUUUUUAAUUUAAAAGGAAAUUACUAUUUCUUUCAUCGGAAAAAAAAUAUGCGUUUCAUUGCGAGGGAACGUCACUGCGAAUUCACUUAACCGCGACGAAGAUCUCAUAGGUUUGCUCUGUGAUCUCCGGUGCGGGCGAGAAACUUAACCGAAUGGCUCUAUCGCGACUCUAUUUUGCGUAAACUGACGACACGGUGUGGUGCUCGUGAAAUGCAGCGGCAUUGGGUUUACAGGCGGAUUAAUCGACCUCUGUGUAAUAAUCGUGAAUCUUAUCGCCAUCAGAAUAAACUCCCGUGUCCCGUGUGCUAAAAGAAAAAGUUGAUAUCCACCAUUUGCGAUUGCGACACUUUCCCCGAUCAUGUCCCUCCAUUGUUAUCAUAGGCGAACGACUAAUGCUGCUCCCCCGCACUUUCGCUAACGGUGUUUGGUAUCGUAAUGUGCGAAGAGAACACCCCUCUCCCCUUUAUUUCGAUGUCGUAUCAGAAUAUAAUUCAUAGGAACACGCAAUCGUUGUUAGACGUAUUAAUACGCCAAUCAGUGAUGUGACAAUCCGUGGUUUUAUGACGUAAUACACCGAGUGAUCGGCAAGGUGGAAAAUCCCUCAAAGCAUCGUUCCGCACAUAUGCGCACCAUUGUAAGCUCCCUUUUAAUUCGUACAAUUAUACUUCCGAGCCGAGACAUCUUUGAGAUAGAAACCGGGCAAGGUGAGACGUGGUAAAAUAAAGCAAAGAGGAAAUAAAAGAGAGAAUCGUCGGCAAUGUGCAACUCGUGUAAAAGUAAUUAGCGCGAAGAUUGAAGAGGAGUAUAUCGCUCCCCGAGGAUCCCCGCGGAGAGUUUUUAUUCGCAACAUUUCGUAGGUGUAACUUCUAUAGGCAGGAAGAGAGGAAAUAAAAAAUAGUUUCUAAGUCGGUAUUACGUUAUUAUUUAUACUCGUGAAACGAGGGCGCCAGGAGAUAGUGAACGUGAAUUUGUUGUGUGUACAUUGUAAGGAGAAUACCGACAGUCACUUAUAUAUAUAAAUAUAAUUAUUAUAUAUGUAUUAUACAGUAUAUAUAUAUAUACAUAAAAUUAUAUAUAUAACUGACUUUAAUUCUCUAAGUAACUUGGUAAAACCAAUUUGUAAUUUAUAUUCGGUGCGAGGUUCGAGAAAAAAAGAAAGAAAGAAGGACCGAACAUGCCGAUUGUGAUUUCCCUUAGGCCAGAUAUGUUAAACGUAUGAAUAUGCGUUCUAAAUAAAUAGUGUGUGCAUUUAAUCGAGAGUUCUCUCAAUGCUUGUUUUCUAAUUGGACAAUUUAUUUGCAAGAUAUCGCUCUCCGGUUAUUAGAUAUAUUCAAAUUUUGAUCUACGGAGAGCGAACCGGCCACAUUGCGUCUAAUGCCGAUUUGUUCAGGCAAACAAGUGUUAACGAUCGUGUGCGGUUUCCUAUUAGAAAUCAAGCGCAGCUCCUUCCCGAACGUGUUCAUCUCUUUCUCUCUCUGUCUCUCUCUCUCUCUCUCUUUCUCUCUCAAUCUGAUAACUCAUAUUUGUACUUAUCCCCCCGCAUUGUCGUCCAAUCGAAUCACUCGUAGAAAAUAAUGGAAGGCGGGAUACAAGCGGAAAGAGACCAUCGUUUUACCUUGCAAAUGUAACAAUUGUAUAUUUAUUUCAACUUAAUAAUUAAUUUACACUCGAA